AUGCCUACCUUGAUUUAUCUACGCUAUUCUAUAUUUACGGAUAUUAAAAUGAAACUAUUCAUAGGUUUUUUUCAUUCACACGUUCAAUUUUUUCGUUCGUUUUUCUUGCCUUUGCUUUUUCCUUCGUUCAAUUCUGUCUGUUUAUUCGUUAUUCUUCCUGUGUUGUCUAUUUUUUUAAUUUUUCCAACUGUUUUCAUUUUAACAUCAUUUGUUUUUUUUUUCUUUCUUUUUCUCUUCUGUAUUUCUUAUUUUAUUGUUCCUAUCCUUUCUCUUUUCUUUUCCUUUCAUUCCUUCAUCAAUUCCUUCAUUUCUUCAUUCACUCUUUCUCUCCAUCCCAUCCCUUCCUUUUCUCUCCCUUCUUUCCUCUUUCAUUUGCCCUUCCUUCUUAAUUACGUCCCUUCAUUGUUUCCUUCUCUUUCUUCUUUUCUUUCAAAUUUACCUCCUUCUUUGCUGCUUUUCUUCCUUCUAAUCAUGAGAAUUUUAAUUUGUCUCUCUGUCUUUUUAUCUAUCUAUCUAUCUAUCUAUCUAUCUAUCUAUAAUUAUGCUCAUAUUUAUCUAAAUAUUUGUCUAUCUAUCUAUCUAUCUAUCUAUCUAUCUAUCUAUCUAUCUAUCUAUCUAUCUAUCUAUAAUUAUGCUCAUAUUUAUCUAAAUAUGUUUAUAUCUCUCUAUCUAAUGAUGUUCCUAGUUGUCUCUCUGUCUUUUUAUCUAUCUAUCUAUCUAUCUAUCUAUCUAUCUAUCUAUCUAUCUCUGUCUCUCUAUAUAUUUAUAUAUAUAUGUUCAUAUCUAUCUAUCAAUCUAUCUAAUUCUGUUCGUAUCUAUCUAUCUAUCUUUCUAUUUAUGUUCAUAGUUAUCUAUCUAUCUAUCUAUCUAUCUAUCUAUGUUUAUAUCUAUCAAUCUAGCUAUCUAAUUCUUAUAUCUCUUAUUCUUCUAAUAUCUAUCUAUCUGAUUCUGUUCGUAUCUAUCUAUCUAUCUAUCUCAUUCUGCUCAUAA